CACAUCGCGUCCAACCGGUGCCGUUGCAGCUACAUCAUGUAGUUGCUAGAUGUUAGCCUUAUCUGUAGUCAGUUAACGGUAAGAAACUAGUUGUGUUGCGACACAGGCUCAAAUUCCAUCUGGAGUUAAUAUUAACGGUCGUAUUAUGAUAACGUAGAAUCCAGUGAAUACUGUGAGCUAAUUAUUUUUGAUUGACGUCAAAAGACAAAAAACACAAUACUCAGCAUACAUGAUCACGGGGCUGGGGGGCGGGUCUAGAUCUGGGCCAUCUUCGUGGUCAUGAGGAAGACCCGCCUUGCUAAUGCUGGCUAGUCAGCUAGCUAGUAAGACAGCCUGCUAGCGGUGGCACUGCUUCUGUCACGGUUUGGUAGCAUUCCAACCGGUAUGCCAGACGAACCUGUCUGGUGGUGUUAACAGCAACGGUUGUGGUCCUAUGAUAAUGGAAUUUCGAUAUCGAGAGGGGAUAUCAGACUGGAACAAAUCGAGUGGGUGCGACCCGUCAGCUGUUGACUAUACAGCGGAGUUUGGCCGCAGGAGCAAGCGCUGCCACUUUCUAUCUGCUUUCAAGUGAUUCCUUAUGUUUAAUAGAAACCGGUCUCCUUGCCCCACAGGAUGGAUGGUGUGGAUUUAAAAAGCCUUAAGUGUCAUCAUCAAGGCUCUCGCUUUUAUAAGGGUGUUCUAUUUUUUUCUAUUUAUAAAAGAACACCGCCGCUCCAAAGCCUUGUAUCUCUUUCUUGCAUACAGAGCACUGCUCUUUAAGCAAUAAGAAGACAAGACGAGAGGAGUUGCGGCACGUUGUUGCUGCUCUUUUUUUUGUUGUAUAAUUUCUGGAAUUGAUAGUGCUUCAUUGAUUUCUGAAUGGAGAUAGUGGAACUGUCUUGUUAAUUCCGCAGCCAAGUGUACGUGCUCACGCUUGCUGUGGGAUGUCGGAGAAGUCAGGUAACAACAUGGUGAAGUUCUUGGCUCCCCCCCAGAAGAUGGGAACUGGGUCUGGGUCUGAUUCCAUGGUGGCCGAUCGGCUGACAACAGAAGUGAGGAGGCGCCACCAUACUAUGGAGCGGGAGCGGUGUAACCAAGAGCACCGGUUCCUACGCCGCAGUGUCAUCAGUGACUCCAAUGCUACAGCUUUGGACCUUCCUCUGCCCACCAAGGUCCCACAGUGGCACCUGGCCUCCUCUGCGCACGCCCUCCAAGUAGAUGUAGUGCUGGCCGUGAGCGAGGACUCUGCUAAGCACGAGGGACGAGGUGAAAAGGCGAAAGUGAAUGAGUUGGCGGCAGAGAAGACGGUUGCUUUGGUACAAGACCUCUGUGAUGGAGGAGUACUGGUAACGGCUCACUGCAUACCCACCAUCAACACAGAACCUCCAAGUAGAUGUGAGGUGGAGGACAGGCCUGAGCUGAAGUCGGCGCGGGAGGAAGAGGAGCCCGGCGCCGAGGAGGAAGUUAAAGAAUCAGCCAAGGCGAGAGCUGAGGCAGUGCUGAGGGAAGCCGAGUACAAGAAAGUACAAGAUGACAUAGAGGAGGCCGAGACGAAAGCAGUGGGCACAUCACCAGAUGGCCGUUUUCUAAAGUUUGAUAUUGAGAUCGGGCGCGGCUCCUUUAAGACUGUAUACAAGGGUUUGGACACUGAGACGACAGUGGAGGUGGCAUGGUGUGAGCUCCAGGAUCGCAAGCUGUCCAAGUCAGAGCGGCAGCGCUUCAAGGAAGAGGCUGGAAUGUUGAAGGGCCUGCAGCAUCCCAACAUUGUCCGCUUCUAUGACUCCUGGGAGGGGCCCUCCAAAGGCAGGAAGUGCAUUGCACUGGUGACGGAGCUCAUGACUUCUGGCACACUCAAAACAUAUCUGAAACGGUUCAAGGUGAUGAAGAUCAAGGUGCUGCGGAGCUGGUGCAGGCAGAUCCUGAAGGGCCUCCACUUCCUGCACACUCGGACCCCUCCCAUCAUCCACAGGGACCUUAAGUGUGACAACAUCUUCAUCACGGGCCCCACGGGAUCUGUGAAGAUCGGAGACCUGGGCCUUGCCACGCUUAAGAGGGCCUCAUUUGCCAAGAGUGUCAUAGGUACCCCUGAGUUCAUGGCGCCUGAGAUGUAUGAGGAGAAGUACGACGAGUCAGUGGAUGUGUAUGCCUUUGGAAUGUGCAUGCUGGAGAUGGCCACCUCCGAGUACCCGUACUCAGAGUGCCAGAACGCUGCACAGAUCUACCGGAGAGUCACCAGCGGGGUGAAGCCAGCCAGCUUCGACAAGGUGGCGAUCCCGGAGGUGAAGGAGAUCAUCGAGGGAUGCAUUCGGCAGAACAAGGACGAGAGGUAUUCGAUAAAGGACCUUCUGAACCACGCCUUCUUCCAAGAGGAGACAGGGGUGAGGGUGGAGCUGGCGGAGGAGGACGACGGGGAGAUGGAGGCCAUCAAGCUCUGGCUGAGGAUUGAGGACGUGAAGAAGCUCAAGGGGAAGUACAAGGACAACGAGGCCAUCGAGUUCUCCUUCGACCUCAGCAAGGACGUGCCCGAGGACGUGGCCCAGGAAAUGGUGGAGUCGGGCUACGUGUGUGAAGGAGACCAUAAGACCAUGGCCAAGGCCAUCAAGGACAGAGUGGCUCUGAUCAGUCGCAAGAGAGAGCAGAGGCUGCAGGUGCGACAGGAGCAGGAAAAGAGGAGGCUCUCAGAGGAGCAGCAGCUGCAGGGUUCGAUACAACAACAGCAGCAGCAGCAGCAGCAGCAACAGCAGCAGCAACAACAGCAGCAGCAACAGCAGCAGCAGCAACAGCAGCAGCAACAGCAGCAGCAACAGCAGCAGCAACAGCAGCAGCAACAGCAGCAGCAGCAGCAGCAUCUAAGCCAGCCCGUGGACACCCCCCAGCCUUCCACCCAGUCCAUCCCACAGCCAGCCUCGUACAUCCCGCCCCCACAGCCCGGUCAGCAACCCCUCCAGCAGAACACCAACUACGCCAAUCCUCAACCGGCCCAACUGCCUGGGCCUGUACAGGUGGCCCGGUAUGUCCCCCAGUCUACAGGACAGGGCCAGGUGGCCCCGUAUGUCCCCCAGUCUACAGGACAGGGCCAGGUGGCCCCGUAUGUCCCCCAGUCAACAGGACAGGGCCAGGUGGCCCCGUAUGUCCCCCAGUCUACAGGACAGGGCCAGGUGGCCCCGCCGGGCCAGUCUGCGUCUGAAGAGCCGGAGGCGGAUCAGAAUCAACAGCGUCCAAUGCCCGGCGUCGGAGUCAAUCAGAUGGGAGACCGGCCUCGGGCGACCUCCGUCCAACAGGACACCCAGCCUAUGAUGUCGUACAACUCCCUCCCAAACCAGCAGCAAACCCCGCUGCUGUAUCCACAAACGGACCAAUUAAAUCAACAGGUCUUGCAGGUCCAGACCCAGGUCCAAGGUGGUCAGAUAGUCGCGGUCCUCCCUGGAUUACCUGGUGCCCUGUCAACCGUGAUGGCCACCCCACCACAGCAAGGAGGUUACUACCCACCAGCGCUCCCCCCUCAGAUGUCCGGCCAGCAGUCUGUGUCGCUUGCCCCCUCCCAACCUGUCCAGCCAGCCCAGCCUGAGGCCAGUCCUGCCCCACACAGCUCCACUCCGCCACAGGCAGGCCAACAGGCCCCUACCAGUGUUAUUUACCAAACCGCACCAGUGGAUCAGACAACGGGGCCUGCGCUGGUGCCACCCCCAGUGGAAAGCUGCCUGUCGGACGCAGCGUCCGGCCUCAGCGACGGGAACGAAGGCGGCCCUCCGUCCGGAGGCCGCCACGAGGGGCGCUCCCUCAAGCGCCACCAGCGGCGGUCGGUGCGGAGCCGCUCGCGCCACGAGAAGUUUGGCAAGGCCAAGCUCAACGUGCUCAACAUCUCCAACAUGGGAGACAGAGUGGCAGAGUGCCAGCUGGAGACUCACAAUAGGAAGAUGGUGACUUUCAAAUUCGACCUGGAUGGGGACAACCCAGAGGAGAUUGCCUCCAUCAUGGUCGAGAGUGAAUUCAUCCUUGAGAGCGAGCUGGAGUCCUUCAUCGAGCAGAUCCGGGAGGUCAUAGAGAUGGCAGACGAGAAGGGAGAGGGCAUAAAGGACUGCUUCAACCAGAUGAAUGAUCUACAGCAGCAGCCUCAGUCCACACCACUGGUUUCAGGAAUAUCCCCCAGCACGGCGUCCCAGGUGGUCCACUCCGCGGGUCGCAAGUUCAUCGUCAGCCCCGUGCCAGAGUCCCGUCUCAGAGAGCAGUUCUUUGGACCCUCGUCUGGCCUUGCCUCCUCCUUCGGAGAGAAGCGGGAUCAAGCUGCUCCUGGGAGUAUCGGCCUGUCUCUGUCUGCGCCGUCUGGCAGCCUUCAGCAGGCCUUCAGUGAGCUGAGGCUGGCCCACGGGGGGCCACACCGCCACCACCGUCCUGCUGCCGAGCCAGACCCCAGCUCAGGGUCCUCCAGCCACCACACUGAGCCCCCCUCCACCACCAACCCCGCGCCCCUGGAGGCUCCGGCCCCCAGCAGCUCCCUGCCUGCUGAGACCACUGCUUCUCCUCCCGCCUCAACUGGAAGGGCUUCUCCCAACCCGGUCCCAGUUCAAACCCGUUCCCCUACUGCAUCCGCCAUUCAUGCCCUUCCAUCUGCGUCUGCCCAGCCCUCCCAACCACCGCCCCCCUCCCAGCCCGCUCCCGCUGUCACCAUCCCUCCCCCUUCCUCCACGACUUCUCCCCCAUCUGGUUACCAGUCCACCCCGCCCCAGCCCCAGCAAGCCUCCCUCCCCCAAGGGCCCGUCUCCCAGCUGGGCAGCACAGCUGCCUCUGCACCCUCUGCGGCUGGCAGUACCCUCGGCACUGUAGAGGGGGUGUCAGAGCAGCAGCAGCCUGCUACUAUUGCUCCUGCAUCCAUUCCCCCCUCUCAGACCCUCCAGUCUGGCACGCUGCCCGGCCAGGGCCAGCCCCAACCUGCAGAGCUGGAAGGGGCCGAUGCCAAGGCCCCUGGGGUGGAUGACAUUCAAGCCCUGGAUAAGAAACUGCGCUCUCUCUUCAAAGACCCGAGCUCGGCCGCCAGCUCCUCGGUGGACGCCGCAUUCAGUACGGGCACUUCCUCUCCUCCCACCGGCACCACGUCACCUCCGCCCGGGGCUGCCCUGGUGCCCCCCUCCAACCUGCCCCUGAGCUCUGGAUCCCAGGCUGCCCUGGGCCCCACCUCCACCCCAGGACAGGGCCAGCAUGCCCACACCCCUCCCACCAAGCCCAGAGCACAGACCCUUCCUACGGGAUUCGAUCAAACUGUUACUCCUCCCUCUGAGUUUGUACCUCCGUUCCCCGGGCCGGCACAGUCCCAGCUGCCCCUGGUUAACCUGGAGGCCCAGUUGAGGAGGGCUCUGAGCCCUGAGAUGUUUCCAGAAGGAAACCCGGCUCCGGGCCCCCAGUGCGAGUACACAGUGGGACCUGGCCAGCUCAGCGACGUUCCAGAAGCUUCCAUCACGGUCUCCUCUUCCUCGGUGACUCCAUCCUCUACCUCCUGCUCCUCCUCCUCCUCUUCCUCCCUGUCCAGUCCAGAGAACACGGUGCACGGCUCCUCUCCCCUGUCCCGGGGCGUCCAGAGAGGGGACUGUACGGACCGGGGCUCCUGUCGGGCUGCAGACCCGUCCCGCCUCUCCUCCACCUCAACCACCACCACCACCGUGGGCCGCUUCCAGGUGUCCAGCACCCUUGUGCAGCCCCCCGCUGCCAGCUCCAAAGUGGGCCGCUUCUCGGUCACAGUGACCCCAGCCUCCACGGACGGCCCCCAGCCCUCAUGUGGGCCCGGCGUGCAGAACGGUCCCUCGUCAGAGACCCCCUACCCCGGGAACUCGUGUACGCACUACGUCAGCAGUGACGACGAGGACCACGAAGACCCAGAGGACGAGGGCUUCAAGAAGGAGGUCAACCGGCUCAGAGAGAAACACAUGCUUGAGAUCCAGGUGUUAAAUUCUCGCCAGAAGGAGGAGAUCGACGCCCUGUUCACCCGCUUGGGGAAGCCCCUCCCCUCGGCCUCCCUGUCCCCCGCCGUGGCCAUCGCUGGAGGCCGACGCAGGCCCAAGAGCAAAGGUCACAAGUCUGCUCGUAACAGCGGGCAGCCCAGCCCCGUGCACGCAGGAGCUCCAGCAUCCGCCCACAGUCCCCAGAAGCCCCCGUACCCUCCUGCCUCGGGGGGUUCUGAGAGGCCUGGCAAAGAGCCGCCGCACCAGCUCAAGUACUCCCCGUCCAUGCCGAGCCUAAGCCCCCAUUCCACAGGAGCGAGUGGGACCAGUUCUGACAGCGGAUCAAACCACCACCCGAAGUCAUGUCACUCCCACCACCCGUCUGCUGGACCUGGCCUCGCCCCAACGGCCCAGAAGUCCAAGGGCACUUUCACAGACGACCUGCACCAGCUGGUGGACAACUGGGCCAGAGACGCCAUCAUCCUCUCUCAGUGCAAGAGGGGCCCAAAGCCCGGGACCACGGGCCUCGACAUAAUGCUGCCGCCGGCCAACAUGGGCCGCAAGUUCUCAGCUCCGGGUCACCUCUGCCCCACGCUCCCUGCCCCCUCCUCCACGCACAUUAAUCCGGCCAUUCCCUCGGGGCCACGCAAGGGCUCCCUGGGCCCCGCGGCCCAGGGCUUCGGCUACCCCUCGGCCCCCUACAGUGGCGCUCAGUGGGCGGGCCCCACGGCCCCCUGCCAGGGCAGCAUGCUGAACCCCAGCCCAGCGCUGGCUCAGUACCAGCCCCCCGCCGCUGCGCCGCCGUCCCUGCAGCAAGGCUACACCAUGGGACCCGCAGCCGCACCACAGAAACCCGUCAACCCCGCCGGAGCCUCCAAUCUGAGGCCCACAUAGCCCUGCCUCAGCCCCAAUCUGACUGAGAUCUGGGGCAGGACAGCCAGUCCAGCGGCCGUAAGAUAAGAACCACCGUGUGGGUGUUGGUAAGCUGGUUGAGAUAUGAAUUGUUUUUUAUUUAAAUUUUAUUCUUUCUUUAGUAUUGGUGGUGGCCUGCCAGCCAGAGGGAUUUCUUUCUGGCAGUUGGAGGGGAGUGCAAUAUUCACAUACAGUACAGCAGUCUCACACACACACGCACACGCACACAAACGCACACAAACGCACAUUUCAUUGGCUGUGGAAAGAGAGGAAUCUGCAUUUUAAUUGAUUCAGACUUGGACUGGACUCUGGCAUAACCAACAGCAGCCAAAGAUGUAAAUUGAAUGGUCCUGAUUCAAGCCGAUCUAUUCAUGUCAAAACAGGCAGCAGUGGGUGGGGGGGGUAUAGGGAGUCCGGUAUACAUCAAAGCCCUAAGCUUAACUAGGGGGACUCCAGAGAGUGGGACACCUGUAACAUGUAAUGUCCCGGACUUGACUGGAAAUGUACUGGUUUGAGGGCGCUUCUGAAAGGCGGGUUUGGGCUCUCUAGGCGAACCAGCUGGAGAGGAUGAAUGUAGAAGCAAGUGGUCGGGAUGACUCAGUUGAGUAAUGGUCAGCGGAGGAAUGUCUCUGGUAUGUUUUUAAAAGGAGAAAAUGUCAGGUGGUGGAUGAAGAGAAGGCGAUGAGGGAGAGCGAUGACUUUGAUAAGUGCCACUAAAAGAGGGUGUCACUUGAGAGCACCAGGCCUUAGCCUAAGGAAAGACCUUGUACAUAAAUGUUUCUUCACUGGGUUUGAACUCCCUUGUUUAGGAUGUUUGUCUUUGUGAGAAAGUCGGGUGUCUUCUGUGCUUAGGUUUGUCACUCUGUGCGUCCAUCCAUAUGCAUUAGAUUCACACCAUUCAUGCUCAUGGUGGAGCGUCCUUUGGGUUCCUCUCCCGGGGUCUGGCUUUGAGUGACGUUAGCGGGGUAGUGAUGACUCAAGUGGCUGCAGGUGCGUUGGCGAGCAGAUCUCCAAGGAGACGGUUUCACCGGGAUACUCUUGAUCCCUGGUAUCAGAACAUGGAUGUUAAUCUCGCCAUCUCCCCCCAAAUGACAAUACUCUAGGGUUGUCACUCUUAAUCUCACACUCUGUCACGCUGGUGUCCGUUUUUUUUACAUGUAUAUUUAAUGAGACGAACAAGGUGUUCUUUAUGGACCUGUAUUCAGCCAUCAGAUUUUGAUGUUGUUUCACUGUAAUUAUUAUUAAAGGUUGUUAAACAACAUGUAGUUAAAGGAAUAUAAAAGUGCAAUUGCAGGGUUGUCAUUAUUGGUAUCCUACAUAACAUGGGAGGUACCCUGCGUUUUAUUAAGCUCUUAUCUUUGACCGGCCCUUUUCUACUAUAUUGUGUACAUAAAUAUAUAAAUAUAUAUGAUUAACGUGAGGUAAGUGGUUCCAUGUAACGCUGUCAUCAUAGAGCCGUUAUGAACUGACUACGACCUGGCCCCGCCAUGCAUACACACUCAUCCCCGAGUAACCUGCAGAACAUUAGUGCCUUGUGUCCUUCACAAUAAGUCCCACAUCCACCCAGGCCUGAGCAAGCUAUAGAGUAAUAAUGUAGCUUUCACGGUACUGCAGAAAAAAUACUCAAGGUUAUAACGCAUACUACAACAAUUCAUGUUUAUAUGGCUGAUUAAAAUGAUACCAUAUUGUUGUUAAAGGUUUUAGAGGUUUGGAGCAACUGAGGACCGUAGUCCAUAACAACAAGCACAUGUAUUUGGGAACUUUUGGGAAAUCCUCCGAUGUCUUUUCUUUUUUUGUGUUUUUGGCUAUGUAUCAGUGACAACAUUCAUAGCCAUUACAUUAUCUUCAUAGCCGUGGUGAUCAGUGAAGCCCUAUGGUAACACGGUUGAGCUUCUGUUCUCCUGCUACAUGAGUGCCAUUUAGUCUUUAUUGUGAACCUUUCCCUUCCCUAUAGAUUGGACUAUUAUUUUAACUUCUCUAGAGAAAAUACAAGUUGCUGCAAUGCAGAAUAUGCAAUGGUUAAAGUUUUAUAGGGACUGAGGAUAACGGAAAACAUUUGCAUGUUAUUGAGGGGUGUUAUUGACCUCCAUCUUUUUUGAUAAUGGAAUACAGCGAUCUCAUGUAUUGAUUUCCUCCUCUCAUUUGUACGAACACACAAAGCGCUGAACUGAUUUUCUUUUAGCGAUUGACCAGUCGCGAGCACAGCAUAUUAAAUUAUUGGUCAGUAUGAAUCUUGCAUGCUAGAUCCUUUGGGUUUCAUUCUACAGACAACCAACUCACAACUUAACCACUGUACAGCACCUUACUAAUGUGUUACACAGCUACUGUCGAUAUUACAGAAAAUACUCAAUACAUGUUCCAAAACUUGUUCAGAAGCAUCCUGUUGUGCUCUUUAUAUCGGUCCCCCUCUUUGCUAUCUUCCUGUGACUCAGUGUUCUCUGGAUUUGUGUAUGUUUUUCACAUUGUACAAAAUGUACAAAUAAAAAUGUAAAGCUCCUGACUUUUUUUUUUUGGGUUCAAAGAUUGACUUGAUGUCAAGUGUCCAAUUUGGUUUUAUCACGGGAAUCAUAAUCUUGUAAUGGACCAAUUACUAUCGGGGCAUUAUGCCAUUGAGCUCAAGCCCUGCUGUGCAUUGAGCUCCUUGUUCUAGAUCUUCCAGGAAGUAUUUUUUAUAAGGUCUCGUCGACAAAAGCAGCAUAGCCAUUUAAAACCAGUUCAGCAUACUAUUAGGCAACCAGCCUCGUCUACACACCGCAUCAAUAAUCCUGUGUUCGAUAGUGUAGGACAAUGUUGGUGUCACACUAAAUAUGGACCUUGACGUCACUAAACAAUUAAACCCUCCACCUGUAGAAUGGAAAUGGUUGAAGAGGGACUGCUAUGCAACUUACGUGAUAAGCAACGUUUUAUUUUACCUGGUUUACAGAAACACCAAGCAUGAAGAAAUACAUAUCAAUCAACAAAAGAAAUAACAAUAGAAAUGCAUUGUUCACAUUAACAAAUAAAUAUAAAAUAAUUGUAAAAAAAUUUAAAACAAUGAAAAGGAACAUUCAUUUGUUUUGUAUUAGUUCAUGUGUCCAGUUUCCGUUUUUUCAUGUAUUGCCCUUGUCUGUAUGGGCUGAACCCCUGGCCUGCCAAUGAGAAUACCAAAUUAGACACAUUAAUUACAUAAAACACACAAACAUACACAAAUACACAACCUGGCAUACCCUGGGGGUGAUUGGGAUGUCCGUUUCCAUACUGGGGGACGUCUUGCCCGGGGGCUUGGUGGCAGUAUGUCGGACCGCCCUGCGGGGGAUCUACAUCUCGGGGCCUUCCAGGACUUUUGGGUUCCCUCUGAGGGGUCAUACUGCGCGUCUGCAUCUGGUGGUUUCCGGGUGGGGUGGGCCUCAGGCCCCCCUCUGCGGAGCCGUUCAGCUCCUCGAUCCCCUCCAGGGUGAAGUUCCAGAGCUCUGGGUCAUCUGGUGACAAGGGAGAAUUACUCACUGGUGAUAUCUGGGUGCACAGUCUAGUAUCUUGAGCCCUCUGGUGGUGGCUACAAGGCUCUCUACAUGCUAAAUACUCAUCCCUGAUGCAGGUCCCUUUAUGAACCCUAGAGGUGCUAUGACCAAAUAUGGCUGCUUUUUCAAAAGGGCUUACAGGACCUGGAAAGUCGCCAAACUGAAAUCUCAGAAUUCUUAGGCAUCUCAGAAUUCCAAGGCAAUUUAUCCGUACAUGCAGA